AUGGACGUCUUGUUCGACCGCUGCGUGAAUUUCAUCGACGAAGUAGAAGAGAUCAUCGAAGAGACAGGAGGCCAGACGCGGUACCAGAUGCUGCGGGAGCGCAAGGCCUCCCGCACCACCGCCAGCGUGUGGCGCAGGGAGCCGGUGACCUUCGCACUCGCAGGCUUCGAGAACAUCGGCUACUACCGCAGGCUGCUGGACGGCGUUGACCCUAUCCUUGCUCAGCAGCUCGCCGCCGUGCCCGCCGUGAACUCCCUGACGCUUUGGGUGUCUUGGCCGCCCAGGCAUUGCGCCGCCACGGGCUUCAUCGCGAGCGCUCACGAGAACCUCCUCGCGCUCUGCCUGGGCAACUGCUACCAUGAUGACUGGCGCCACCUGCCAGGGUGUUACCUGGUGCUCAAUACCCGCGCCAAGUCGGUCGCCGCCGUCCCGCCGGAGCACGCCGCAGUCAGGGUCGUCAGCUCGCACUGCUACCCCAUCGGGUCGGCCGGGGUCGCCGUCCUACGCACCGACGCGCACGACGACGACGACGGCGGCUACCUUCUCGCCGAGCUAUACCGUCAUACUGAUCGGGACGACUUCCCAACGAACAAGGCCACCCUGUUCACGUGGUGCUCGCCCGGCUCCGGCUCCGGCGGCGGCCCGCGUGCCGGUGCCGACUAG